CCCAUCCAAAGCAUCGUCUCUUUCCGGCCCUAUAAAGCCAUGACCCAGCACUGCCGUUUCUACACGAUCCGCGAUCGGCGAGCUGCCUUUUUUUUUCUUGACAUUGUGCUGAAAGCAAGGAGAGGUGUAUCAGAAUCCCGGCCUUCUCAGGAAAGCAAAAGAUGGAAGCACCAUCGAUCACCGUGAAGUCCGUCGCCGAUGGGCCGCAGCUCAAGGAAAUCAUGAAGAAUGCUGCUGAGGAUGGUGGCAACAAGUUGCUGGUGCUGGAGUUCAUGGCGCCGUGGUCGGAGCCGUGCAAGUACAUGAGCAAGGUGCUAGAUGGAAACCCCGCCGGGAGAGGACUUGCAUACGAUUUGCGAGGCUAUGCUGACUUUUACGCGCUUGACAUCACCAAAUUCAGGCAAUUUGCACAGCGCAUGACAGUGGAGGCCCUGCCGACGUUUCUGCUACUCACGAAGGGCUACACGGUGCUGGCCCGCGUCGUAGGCGUUGACAAGGAAGAGCUCAGGAGCAGCAUCAUGCAGGAACACAGAGACAAAGCAGCUGCUGGGGCCGGCCAGGAAAAGAUCUGAGGCGGGCACUAAAAAUAACCACCUCUGUUAAUGAAGGCGAUCAUUUCUUAUUAACCGAGGCUGUUAAGAAAACCGCAUCGCAAAAUCGAUUAACAGAGGCGGUCAGUUUUAAGACGACUCUGUUAAUAAUUCUAUUUUCAAAGGCCCAUCGCACCUGGUAUUUUCCAUGGCAUAUUCUCCAUCUUGGCACUAGUACAGCAAAACUAAGGAAAUCUGUACAUCUGAAAUCUCUUGAAUGAGCUGUGGUUCAGUAGAAAUUCAGUGAAGAAUCAGUGUGUACCAUAGUGAGGAACGUUAAAGGGCGUGGUGAUUAAGCUCUUGGUUCAAUCAUUUGAUGCCUGUGUCUGACAUUUGUGA